UUUUAUUUGUACCUAUUAGCUUUCGAUGGUUAUUGCACCGCCACUCUUUCUUCCUCAAUUGCCAUGACCGACAGCGAGCAGGAGUACGAAGUUGAGUCAGUUUUGCUGGCACGAGUCGCGAAGAAGUCUGCCCGAAGCAAGCAAUUGAUCUGGCAAUAUCGCGUCAAGUGGAAAGGGUAUAGUAGCGAGGAGAGCACAUGGGAGCCAAAAGAAUCUUUCGAGGGAUCCGAAGACAUUCUUGAGCAAUUCUGGGCACGAGCAAAUACGAAUGGGCGUGAUAUCGAUGACCUGAGUCUGUUUCGUGUUGAUGAGAACUUUUAUCCGACGGGGCCACCGCGGGGACAACACGAAGCUGAGCCACAAGCUAGGUCCAAACCUAAAUCGAAACGCUCACGGUCGAGAUCAAACAAACGGAAACGCAGUCCUUCUGUCGAGAAUAUUGAAAGCGAACCUCAGCCGAAACGGACCAGAGGGCGGCCUUCAGGUUCUGCUCAUCCAAAGCCAGAGAAGAAACCAGUGCCUCUUUCGCAUCAGUCCAAGGACAAAGCCACCCUCAAACGCAGUUUGGAUGCAUCUACUCUCUCGUCGAGGACAAAGCGCAAUCAUCCUCGCAAGGAUUCCCCAGAGAUUGUACCUGCCUCGGAAGAGGAGGAGGAUGGCGACUAUGCGUUCAAUUCAACUCCAGUCCAAGCCACAGAAGCGCCUUCUGUGCAAUAUCCUCCGGAAAGUGUCUCUGCUUCUUCCCCUGCCCUUUCCCUUCCCUCUUCAUCCAAGUCAGCCGCGGGACCUCCGGUAGCCUCGUCUUCCACUUUUAUUCCUUCUCAUCGGGUUCGCGCUACCAACCCCCUUGUAAAAAUGAUAGACAAUCAUGAUGGCAUGGACGGUGGGAUCUCUACCAAAACUCGCUUAGGAGCCUCAUCUCCCAAGAAGGCCAAGCCUGGGCCAGGACGAUCUUCGGCUGGGAUUAUCACCAAGUCGAAGAGCUCGCUAUUAACCUUUACUAAGGGUGGUGGAUUACAGUCAGUGAAAGGGAAAUAUGUGCCUGAGAAGAGGGGUGAACGCGUCCAUGAUGCAGACGUCGAGAUGGUAGCGGUUGAGCCGACUGAAACCAAUCCUCCUUUACCUCCACCGACCGGCGAAGAGUUGCUGAAUCUAGCAGGUCUGAAUGCCGAAGCUGCCAAAAAUUUGGAUGAUUAUGAGGAUGAAUCAGAGAGCAAUGGUCCCACGGCCGCCCAGUCCAGUCUCGCCCUUGCCAAAGAAAAACUUUUACCCACAGGAUCCAUUACUUCAAAUAAUGCAAGCGCGCCAUGGAGAGCUACGAUAUCAAACACAAUAUUUGGUCCCCUUGGCUUGGCCUCCGAUGUGCUACCAGCACCAACCACCUGUGACUUAUCACAAUCUCCAGCCCUGGUCCUCGAUCUCGAUAUUUCGGUGAAGAUUCCUGUGGUGCUCAUGGACGUCGUAUCUGCACCGUCAUCAUCAUCAAGCUGGGUCUUCAUCGCAGAGAACAAAGGUCUUCCAGGAAAAUUUUAUGACGAUAAAACAGCGCUCCAGAUUUUCAAUACAUUGCGCACAGGCAGCUCCGCGGCUAGGGUUGUCCCAGCAUCGAACAUCACGGAGGAGCAGAAAGCUCAUUUUGAGCGGUUCCAGGCCCGAUUGGAUGAAGGCGCCCUGUUCAUCCUACCUGUUGGCAAAGAAGUGCUAGCACUUUGUUCGUCAGAAAAUGCACUAUUCUGCCAGCGCCUGAAUAUCCCCCCUGCGCUUUCGUGUUUGAAAAAAAGUGUCUUACUGACUCGAGUUACGGUGGAGAAUAUUUCAGCCUAUGCGGAUGUGGCUGUUCCUGUGGAUGCUUUUCAAUGGAAACUGUGA